CUACCUCGCAGACGUUUUGGGUGCCACCGCCGCUGCAUCCAUCCUAUCUCUCUGUCGCUUGUUUGUCUCUUUCUCUUGACUCUUUUUACUCAACAACUGGAGACAAACCGGGGUUAAACAAAACAACAAAAAAAAGAAAAAAGCAGAAAAAGUGGGCGCUCCGGAGGCGAUCCACAACAACAAUGAGCCUCUCCUGACUAAAAACUGAAUGGAUUAAGCCAAUCUAUUCUGAGCGCUAAUGAGAUUAGAGCCAUGAUGGGUCUCAGCGGCGGCAGAGUGGUACCUUUCCUUCAGCUCCUCGGGGAACAUUUCCCCUCUCAACACACCUCCUCCUCCAGACGUGGAAAUGGCGCUUUUGCUACUGAAGAGGAUGCCUCCAUCGGGAUAAUAACAGACCUUUGAAUGCACGCUCACCUGUGCACCUUCUGUGGCGCGCGGAUUCCUAGAAGAAGAAGAAGUAGUAGAAGAAGUAGUAAAUAUGAAGUACCAGAAAUAUAUCACGGUGAUGCAGAUGGCCAUGGGAGUGACAGCCUCCAACAAAGACUGCCUCCCCGUUAAGAGACAGCUGUGGGUGACCCCGCAAGAUGAAGAAACGUCCCCUACAGGUGAUCCCGGGUGUUCAGACGGGUCUACAGGUGCUACAGGUGGAGCUGGUGCUAUGGCAAUGCCUGCCACCUCCACCCUCUCGUUGCCCAUGAGCCAGGGGAAACCUUCCCUGCGUCGCAUCAAAGGCCGCAUUCACCGCAGCAAGAGCCUGGACAGUAUGGAUCUGCUCGACUCCAAUAGUGCAGCGAUGGAGGAAACGGUCAUAUGGGAACAGCACACAGUGACCCUUCACAGGGCCCCAGGUUUUGGGUUUGGUAUUGCCAUCUCAGGUGGGCGAGACAACCCUCAUUUCCAGAGUGGGGAGACGUCCAUUGUGAUAUCUGAUGUGCUGAAAGGAGGUCCUGCAGAGGGACUGCUACAAGAAAAUGAUCGAGUGGUGAUGGUCAAUGCAGUCUCUAUGGACAACGUAGAGCAUGCCUACGCAGUGCAGCAGCUCCGAAAGAGUGGCAAAAAUGCAAAGAUAACUAUUCGUCGCAAAAGGAAAGUGCAGCUCCCUGUUUCUCGGCCAGGGGACAGGGAGACCAUGUCAGAGCACGAGGAAGAGGACAGUGACGAGGAGGAUGGCUAUGAUCAUGAUCACGAUCACGAUCACGAUCACCACAGUGGGCGUGGUAGCCAAAGUGCCUAUGGAGGAGCAAGCGGAGGCACGGGCACUGGCAGGCGUCAGGAUCGUGAGCGUAGCAGCAGUGGCAGGCGGGAUCACAGUGCCUCGCGGGAGAGGAGCGUCUCACCGCGCUCCGAUCGCCGAUCAACAACCUCCUCUGCUGCACCCAGGCCUGCCAAGGUCACCCUCGUCAAGUCCCGCAAAAAUGAAGUAGAAUAUGGACUGCGGUUGGCCAGCCACAUCUUUGUGAAGGACAUCUCUCCUGAGAGCCUUGCUGCCAGAGAUGGAAACAUCCAGGAGGGAGAUGUUGUGCUUAAGAUCAAUGGCACAGUCACAGAGAACCUAUCACUAAUAGAUGCCAAGAAGCUGAUUGAGAGGUCAAAGGGCAAGUUGAAGAUGGUGGUGCAGAGAGACGAGCGAGCUACGCUGCUCAACAUUCCUGACAUGGAUGACAGCAUCCCAUCAGCCAAUAACUCCGACAGAGAUGACAUUUCAGAAAUACAUUCACUGACAUCAGACCAUUCCAAUCGAUCCCACGGGCGAGGUAGUCGAUCACGUUCACCUGACAGGCCCGAACCAUCAGACCUUCUCCGUCACUCACCUCGGCAGAUCAGCAAUGGCAGUUGGAGCUUCCAGAUGAGGGCAGGUUCACUGUUGCACAGAUUACUUCCAAUUCAUCGAAGUCGAGAUGAGGAUCGCCCAUCCAAAGCAGGGGUCAUGUCCACACCAGUCAAAAGCUCUGAUGAUGGUGUAAUGUCACAGGCCAGCGACCAGGCCAGCUCCAGAGAUGACAAACUGUUACCUCCGCUGCCUGAACCAAAGCCAGUUUAUGCACAGCCUGGUCAGCCUGACGUGGACCUGCCUGUCAGCCCCUCUGAUGCCCCCGUACCCAGCGCCGCUCAUGAUGACAGCAUCCUCAGGCCGAGUAUGAAGCUGGUCAAGUUCAAGAAGGGAGAGAGUGUCGGUCUGCGGUUAGCAGGAGGGAACGACGUGGGGAUUUUUGUGGCAGGUGUUUUGGAGGACAGUCCUGCAGCCAAGGAGGGGCUGGAGGAGGGAGACCAGAUUCUCAGGGUGAAUAAUGUGGACUUUGCCAACAUCAUCCGGGAGGAGGCUGUGCUGUUUCUGCUGGAUCUCCCAAAAGGAGAAGAAGUUACUAUUUUGGCCCAGAAGAAGAAGGAUGUGUAUCGGAGGAUAGUGGAAUCGGACGUGGGUGACUCCUUCUACAUCCGGACACAUUUUGAAUAUGAAAAAGAGUCGCCGUACGGGCUGAGCUUUAACAAGGGCGAGGUGUUCCGUGUAGUAGACACGCUCUACAACGGCAAAUUAGGCUCCUGGCUCGCAAUCCGUAUUGGCAAGAACCAUCAAGAAGUGGAAAGAGGCAUCAUUCCCAACAAGAACAGAGCUGAGCAGCUAUCCAGUGUCCAGUACACCCUCCCCAAAACACCAGGCGGCGACAGAGCGGACUUCUGGAGAUUCAGAGGACUGCGAAGCUCCAAGAGGAAUUUGCGGAAGAGCAGGGAGGACUUGUCGGCUCAGCCAGUUCAGACCAAGUUCCCUGCCUAUGAGAGGGUGGUGCUGAGGGAAGCUGGGUUCCUGAGGCCGGUGGUUCUCUUUGGGCCGAUAGCGGACACGGCCAGAGAGAAACUGGCCAGGGAGGAGCCAGACAUUUUUGAACUAGCAAAAACACAGCAACAACAAGGAGUGGAAAAGAGUGAACCCAGGGAUGCAGGAACCGACCAGAAGAGCUCCGGCAUCAUUCGCCUGCACACGAUCAAACAGAUCAUUGACCGGGACAAGCAUGCAGUGCUGGACAUCACCCCUAAUGCAGUGGAUCGUCUGAACUACGCUCAGUGGUAUCCAAUUGUGGUGUUCCUCAACCCAGACACAAAGCAGGGCGUGAAGACCAUGAGGACCCGCCUCUGCCCUGAGUCUAGGAAGAGCGCCAGGAAACUGUUUGACCGAGCCCUCAAAUUAAGGAAGAACAACCACCACCUCUUCACCACAACCAUUAACUUGAACAACAUGAAUGAUGGUUGGUUUGGAGCGCUGAAAGACACAAUCCAGCAGCAGCAGAACCAGCUGGUGUGGGUUUCAGAGGGCAAGGCUGACGGGGCAGCUGAGGAUGACCUGGACAUCCACGACGACCGCCUGUCCUAUCUGUCGGCACCAGGCAGUGAGUAUUCAAUGUACAGCACCGACAGCCGCCACACCUCCGACUACGAGGACACGGACACAGAGGGCGGAGCCUACACCGACCAGGAGCUGGACGAAACGCUGAACGACGACGUGGGUCCACCCGCGGAGCCUGCCAUCACCCGCUCCUCUGAGCCUGUUCGUGACGACCCGCCUGUCAUCCAGGAGCCCCCUGGCUACGCCGUCUACCCGCACACGGUGCAGCCGGACCCCCUGAACCGCAUCGACCCGGCUGGAUUCAAGGCACCAGUGCCGCAGCAGAAAGCAGAGGCCGCUGCCGUCCCUAGCGUCCCCCAGCAGCCUGAGCCCCUGGCUGAGACAGUGCCCCCUGCUGUCGACGUUACUGUAAAAACUGUAGGGGGUCUGAGCCCUGACGAGGCUCCUGCAGCUCCUCACAGCCAGCCAAGCCCCAUCCCAGAGGCUGGCUCACUUAGGAGGCCCACCCCUGAGCUAGCACCUCAGAGCGUCACACCAGAACCUCUUCAGUCUGGACUGGCCAGUUCAGAACCAAAGAUGUUUCAGAAGGAUCCAUACAGCGCAGACAACAUGGGGAGAAUCGGUCACAGCAUGAAGCCUGUGUCUUACAACCCUCAGCCGGGAUAUCCCCCUGAGCAGCAGCCAUACAGAGAUUACGACCACCCACCCAGUCGGUAUGACGUCAGCAGCAGCGGAGUCAGCAGCGGAGGUGGUUACCCAGAACCAAAGUACCGAAACUAUGACUCUAACCCGCCCUACGAGAACAGUGUGCCUCACUACGACCAGCAACAGUGGAACCCCUACAACCAACCGCUCACUACUGCCAACUCCUACGACCCCCGUUUGCCAUACAGUGACGGCCCUGACUCCCAGUACACCCCUCCUCUCCGCUAUGACGAGCCCCCGCCUCAGCAGGGAUUCGACGGACGGCCUCGCUACGGUAAACCGACAGGCCCAGGUCCUGUCCGUUAUGAUGAUCCUCCACCUCCUGCUCCAGUAUCUGACCUGCACUACGACCAGGAUCCUCACCUGAGCACGUACCCCUCAGCUGCCCACUCCCCAGACCCCCCUGCCCAGCGGCCUGCCUAUAACCAGGGACCAACGCCGCAACAAAAGAGCUACAAACCUCAGCAGUAUGACCCCGUUCCUGUGAACUCUGAAACCAGCCCCACACCACCUCCCAAAACAGAGGCCCCCUCACCUUCCCCUGCGGAGGCUCCAAAUCCUUUCCCCGCCAGAGUAGAGCAACCGGACGACCCCGCCUCUCGGCCUCAGUCAGUCCUGACAAGGGUCAAGAUGUUUGAGAACAAACGCUCUGUGUCCGUGGAUAGAGCCAAAGAUGCAGGGGAUUCAUCUGGGAACAAGGCAGCCGAUCUACCUUUGAAAGCAGGCGGAGUCAUCCCUAAAGCAAAUUCUCUGAGCAACCUGGAUCAAGAGAAGACCUUUAGAGCCCCAGGGCCUCAGCAGCCUCCGCAGCCUCAGCAGCCUCCGCAGCCUCAGCAGCCUCCACAGCCUCAGUCCAAGGUCCCUGAUGACAUUGUGCGCUCCAACCAUUACGACCCUGAUGAGGACGAGGACUACUACAGGAAACAGCUGUCUUACUUUGACAGGCUCCAGACUGGUCCCAACAAACCCCAGCCACAAGCACAAACCACUAACAACUACCCCAGGACGGAGUCAGUGGAGAAACCAAGUCCAGUGGAGAAAAAAUAUGAACCAGUUCCCCAGGUGACGCCUUCUCUGCCACCAGCCACACUGCCCAAACCCGCACCUGAAGCCAAGCCUUCCGGCCGAGACGACACUGUCCAGACCAACUUCCUGCCUCACAAGAGUUACCCUGAGAAGUCUCCAGUUAACGGCACCAGUGAACAUCCUCCAAAAACAGCUCCACCAGCAACCAGCUACAACCGCUACACGCCCAAGCCCUACACCACGUCUGCCAAGCCUUUUGCGCGCAUGUUCGACAGUCCUAAAUUCAACCACAACCUUCUGCCCAAUGACAAGCCUGACACUGCUCCAAAGGGCCGGAGCUCCAGCCCAGUGAAGCCUCAGAUACCCCCUCAGCCCCUGAACACAGACCAUGACAGCGGCCUGGACACUUUCACACGCACGAUGGACCAUCGCUCCAAAAACCAGCACAACAACAUCAACGCCGUGCCCAAGGCCAUCCCUGUGAGCCCCAGUGCCCUGGAUGAUGAUGAGGAUGAAGAUGAAGGCCACACAGUGGUUGCAACAGCUCGAGGUAUCUUCAACUCUAACGGCGGCGUCCUGAGCUCCAUCGAGACAGGUGUCAGCAUAAUUAUCCCUCAGGGUGCCAUCCCUGAAGGCGUGGAGCAGGAGAUCUACUUCAAAGUCUGCAGAGACAACAGCAUCCUGCCGCCUCUCGACAAGGAGAAAGGAGAGACUCUGCUCAGCCCUCUGGUGAUGUGUGGACCUCAUGGCCUCAAGUUUUUGAAGCCUGUGGAGCUGCGCUUACCUCACUGUGCGUCUAUGACCCCUGAUGGUUGGUCUUUUGCUCUAAAAUCCUCCGACUCCUCGUCGGGUGACCCAAAAAGCUGGCAGAACAAGUCUCUCCCCGGAGACCCCAACUACCUGGUGGGAGCCAACUGUGUCUCUGUGCUCAUUGACCACUUUUAGGACAGAGCGGCAGGUGUGAUGUUACUGAAUGUGGAACCGUUUGGGGGAUAAAAAUGAAGAAGAUGGACACACAUAUACACUGACGGAUGCACUCCAAAAACACACACACACACACACCACAUAAUGGAGUAUGAAGAAGAUCCAGUCAGUGCUGUUUACUGCACCCGCGGAUGAAGGACACUGAUGAUCGUUACAAGCUGUUCUUUAAAGCCCAAUUUGAAGUUUUGAUGUGAAAUGAAACCAUGGAUGCAUGCCCCCCCCUGAGGAUUGACACUAUAUAUAAGGCUAAUGUUUAAUGUAAUUUUGACAUGAAUAUAGAUGGAUGGAUGGCUUUUGAGGCAGCGUACAUGCUUCAAAAUGUCUUGUGUUGGUAAUAUUUAUGCUAUAUAUGCAUACAGUAUAUAUAGUAGUAUAGAGAAGAUUUACUAAAAUUUUACUCAUGAAUUCAAUUACCAGUCAACCUCCGGUUAUUUUUCAGUUGAGGUGACUGAAAACAAACAUGUAUCUCCACGUUUCUUUUUCCACAUUGAAGGACAUUUAAUGAAGGUUUUGAGAGGUUAAACCAGAGAUGGUGACGAGUAUCUGUCGAAGGCAAAACAUGAAGCUGAAUAUGAACCCGAGCAGCACACUAUUUAGAGACGUUCUUCCUCUAUUCUUCCUUUUCCUACAGUGAUAUCUUGUAGCUUAACUUCUUCCGGCGUCUCUCCUUCCAGCCUGAGGGAGAUCUAUGCAUGUUCUUUACUCAGGUCCAGUAGCAUCCUCAGUUCCUUCCUCACAUCUAUAUCUCUCUCUCUUUCUCUCUCUCUCUCUCUCUCGCUCCUCUUCCUCCUCCUCUCUCUUUCUCUUCUCUCGGUGCACUCUCGCACUCACACACAAAUAAGCAGUGAUGCCUUAUCUGCAGAUUAUUCACUUUUCAUUAAGAAAAACAAAAUAAGUUAUGAUAAAUUAUGGUAUAAUGUCAUUUGUUUUGCCAUUUCUCUGUGAACCCACUGUAUAAAUGAACUUGGGUUUAGCACACAAUUACAGUUUAUAAAGGAUAACAAAGGUAUGCUCUUCUUUCAUCUGCUAUGCAUUACUUAAAAAAAAAAGAAGAAGAAAACAACAGAGAAGAAGUGGCUGUAAAUAAAGCUAGCAUAUUGCCUUGUUUCUUUUGUUUGUAAAUGAACUUUUUGUAUGUCUUUCUUUUUUGUAUAAAACUUAGAGAAAACAUGUUUUAAAAAGUGGAAGAAAGUGAACGUGGUUAUCUUUGUAUUCUGGAUAUACCCUCGAGCCUUGGAACUUGUAACCUAACGAUAAUACAUCACAUCUUUUCUACCAAUAUAUUCACACUAUGUUAUGGUCACGGUAAUAAAAAGCUCUUUUUAUGGCUCUUUAAGGAUCAGGAAAGUGCUUGGGCUAAAAUACAUUUAAAACAUGUUCUUUUAAAAAGGGUGUGCUCUCAAAGUGUCCCCCUCACUGAUUUGUGAUACUGGAUGCUGUAUCGUGUGCCCUUAAAUGUAUUUUUGUACUAAUAGACGAUAUAUGAUGUAUGGCACACCAGUACCAUUUUAUUUUUAGAUAAUAACACGGCUUUAAUUGGAUAUUAGCUCUUCACGUGUGGCUGACUUUUUUCCUCUUCUGCAACACAAUUUUAAGUAUACCACUGUAUUAAUAAAUAAAAUCAUUUUUAAAGUAAA